UCUAUAUGUGGUAGCCACUGAGUAGACUUAAUAGAGCAUUAAAUAAAUGAAAUUCGUGGAUGCAAAUUGUAGAAGAACUAGUAUUUAACGGAGUGUUGCUUCAUCACAAAUUCAUCAAGAUAAGCUUAUAGUUAUCACUAAGAGUUUUGUCUACGUACAUUUUGUGAUCAAACAAGUAAUCAAUCAAAAGAUGGAAGGCAAAACUGUGAUCUCAAGUCUGCUCAUAAUGAGUCUUGUCUUAGCACAGAUUCAAGUAGAAGCAAAAAUCUGCUGUCCUACCAAGGAUGAUAGAUCUGUGUAUUUUGUAUGCAUGCUUUCCGUGUCAUCCCAAUUUUAUUGUCUAUUAAAGAGUAAAUGCAAAAAUACAUCUCAGACGAUAUGUCCUCCGGGAUAUACUAAUGACAUUCUCGAAAAUUCUGGUGAUGCUGUCAAUGAAUAUUGCAAGCUAGGGUGUGCAUCCUCUGUGUGUGGUGCCUUGACCACUCUCCAAAACUUUGACACAAGUAAAGUAUUGAGUGAAGCGGUUGAACAAUGCACCAAGGCAUGUUCUUCUGUCUGCACCGGAGGAUCUACCGCCGCAGUUAAAAGUGCCUAAACAAGUACAUUUAAAACUGAAGGAUGGUCGCAAUUCAGAGUGGCGUGACUGUUUUCAUGGAAUAAUUGUCGUCUAUCGAUGUAUGUUAUAAAAAAAAUGCUAGACUAUGGUGCUAGUACUGUUUAAUAAGUUGUUUCCGGUUUGCCAACGUGUCAUGAGGGUUUUUGAUCCUAGAUUGUAUUAUAUCCCUUCUACUUGUCUUUCUCUAAAUAAAUAAUAAUGUGUCCUUCUCGACUAAGUAUCAUUAAUCCACACUUGGAAUGUAAAUUGUCUGCUCAUGAAAUUAUAUGCAACUUAGUAAGAGUGUAUG